AUGAUUCAGGCUUUGUUUUUAAUAGUAUCAGUGGCAUAUUAUUGCGAUGAUACAAAUGGUGUAUUUUCUGAGAAAAGUACUUCAUGCACAUUACAGAGUGGUGUUGAAUUAACAACAGCUUCUUCAGAUAUUUUAAUUUUUACAAAUUAUAUAUCCACAACUGUUGUUUUAAAUGAUUUUAAUCACAAUUUACAACUUGGAACAUCCACAACGAUGUGCACUCUUAAAAGUUUAACAAUUAUAUCCAACACUUUAUCAACGAAAACUUACAAUUUUUAUUAUGUUGAUCCAAGUCUCAAAGUAUAUUUUGACAGUGAUGCUUCUGUCUAUCAAAGAAUUAUUUAUUUAAGUUCUUUUACUCUUCCAAGUAAAAUCUCUAAUUUAAACACCAACAAACUUCCAUUUAAUCUGUUUUUAUACGUUGAUGGUCUUCAAUUACCAGAGACAAACAGUUACCUUUUAUUUGAAGGUUCUUUUUCAUUGAUAACAUCAUAUACACGAGAAUAUUUUGGUUACCUGUUUUCCUCAAAUUCCAAUGAUAUUCAAACGUCCAAAAAUGGUAACAAUGAAAUUGUUUCAGUAGACUGUAUUAAUGGAUUUAAAAGGUAUUAUGCAUUUUUUAGUUCGAUGGAGCACCAACUGACUUGUACUUGUUCUCCUAAUGCAAUCAACGACAAGGGAUGCAAAGUCAUUUCGACAUAUAGCACAACAAAUAAUGUCGUAGCUAUGAUGGCAAUGGGCGAUCAAAAUAUAUACCGGAAAGAUGCCAAUUUUGAGACUGAAGGAGAUGUCGGUUACAUCAAUGGCAUAAUUUUUGUAUAUUUAUUCAACACUGAAAAAUUGACUGUGAAAAAUGUGAAUGGAGGGAUGGUGUUAUUUUUCAACAAAUACAAUUUUCAAACGGAAAUAACAAUACCACAAGGUGAGUUUAAAGGCGAUAUCAAAACAGCAAAAAUCAAUAAUGGAACUCAUGAUACAUUGUAUUUGGAGUCAAACUCACCAGGUGGAUUUAUUUCCAUACAACAAGAGACUUUUCCUAUCCUAUUUAGAGGUAAAGAUGGUACAGUCAUAGAAACAGUAAAUAAUUACAACAAUUUUGUAAAGAACAAUAAUUGUGAGAUGAGCACUAUGUCAUUAACAAAUCCUAUUAAAUGUAUAACUUGUCCGCCAGAAAAAAGAAUGAAUAACGGAAUUUGCGAGUGUUUAUAUACAACAAGUGGAAUGAAUUGUGUAUUAAACUAUUGUUCUGUGUUUGAAAAUGGCAUAUGUCGACAGUGUGAUGCCAAUUAUUACUACGACGAAACAUCAAAAAUGUGUAAAACAUGUGGAGAAAAUUGCGAGAAGUGUGUGAACAACACAUAUUGUUAUAAGUGCAAUACUAACACUUUUAUUAUUAAAAAUGGAGUUUGUUUAAGUAACAAUUGUCUCUAUUCAAACAAUGGAAAUUGUUUUAAAUGUGCUUUUGGAUAUUAUAUUUCAGGUGGAGAAUGUGCAGUAUGUAAUAUCGAGCAUUGUGAUGUUUGCACAUCAAAAUCGAUUUGUUCAAUAUGUCAAGAAGGAUUUUAUUGGGACGGAACUUCAUGUAUUAAUUCCAAAGGAUUUGUCAAUCAAAACAAUAAAUUGUUAUAUUGCAAAUCAUCUCAAUAUUAUUUAAAAGAAGAUCUAUGUAACACUUGCUCUGAAAUACUUCCAAAUUGCGAGAUGUGUAUGGAUGGAAAGUGUAUCAAAUGUCUUGAUAAUACCAUCUAUACGAAUGGAUAUUGUUUAAUAGAAUCUUCUUGUAACUUUAUAACAAACAAUAAAUGUAUUUGUAACACAGAAACGUUAUAUAAUGGCAGUGCUUGUAUUCCUAAAAGAGAGAAUUGUCUUUUUGACCGCUUAAGUGGGUGUGAUGAAUGUUCCAAUUCUUAUCACUUAAUAGAAAACAAUUGUACAACAGUUAUUCAAUCAAACUGCACCAUUGAAAGUUCUUCAAAUUGUGUUGCCUGUGAUUUUGGCAUGUAUAUAAAUGAAUAUGGUCUUUGUGUAGAGUGUCCAUCCGAAUGUACUUCUUGUUUAAAUUCAGAAAAGUGCAUCACCUGUCUUGAAAAUAGAUUUUUACAAGAACAUGAAUGCCUAACAAGUGAUGAAUUAAGUGCUGUUUGUGAUAAACCACUUCCCAAUGGACAAGGUUGCGCGUUUUGUAAAAGUGGCUAUUAUAGAAGUGGUGAUGGGUGUAAAGUGUGUAAUGAAGGGUGUGCGACAUGUACUGAUAACAUCAAUUGCAUCACAUGUCAAAGUGACUAUUUUAUGACUUAUAAUGAAGGUGUAUGUAAGUUACAGAAUACUACAAAUGGAUGCUCCUCUAUAUCGGUUUCUUUAGGGUGCACCACUUGUAUAUCUGGAUAUUACUUGUACCACAGAGAAUGUGAAAGAUGUGAAAACAAUUGUGUUCAAUGCACUUCAACUUUUGAAUGUCAAAAAUGUGAAAAUGGUCUUAUUUUGAUUAAUUCAAAUUGUAAAUCAAUGUCUUCAGUUAAAGAGUGUUUGUCUGUAACAGACGGAAAAUGCUCUAAAUGCACUUUUUGGCACUCACCAAGUGAAAAUGGUACCUAUUGUACAACACAAGCUGAAUGGUGGGUCAUUUUAAUCAUAAUAAUAUCACUUAUUCUCUUAAUAAUUAUUAUAAUACUAAUCGUGUAUUUCUUCACAAAAAGAGUACUUGAAAAAAUCCAUUUAAAAGCAGCUUCGAAAUCAAUAACUUUAUUUGAAAUGAAACGUUCGAAUAUUUCAUUUACAACACUUCAAGGAGGUAUUUGCGUGUCUUCUAAAGAAAUCAAUUUCAAUGCAGAAAAAAACGAAAUACCAGUCGAACAAGAAACUCGAGAAAUUUUGUGUGUUGGUAAUACAAAUAAAGCAGUGAUGAAAAUUCAGUUCACGUUGUCAUCAAAUAACGACAAAUAUGAAGUCCGUGUUGAACCGGAAAUUGUUUCAUUAAAGAACAAAUUUGCUUGUGAAUUUUCUAUAUAUGUGACUCCGUUUUGCACAACUAAAAUAUCAGGGACACUUCAAAUUGUUUCUCAAAAUAUCAAAACUAACGAAGAAAAUUUUAAUGGAAUUAUAAUGAGAGGAAUAACAGAAAAAACGACGCGAAUUGAUUAUGACGAAUUGGAAGAAGAGAAGAAACUUGGUGAAGGUUCGUUUGGAAUAGUUUAUAAAGGUUCUUUUCGAGGAAAUGUUGUUGCAAUCAAACGGUUAAAACACGUUUUUGAUGAUGAAAACUCAAUGGACGAAUUUUCAAAUGAGGUGCAAAUGUUAAAUAAAUUCAGAA